AACAGCCAGCCUUGCGAGGCAACGGGAAUUUGCACCACCAUGUUCCUUGCCGUUUUAGUGCUUGCGUCUAUUUUCGCGAGCUCAAAAUGCUACUUUUCAGAGGAAAACUUCACCGAAGAAUCAAAGAUGCAGAAGCCUACUGUAGUGAUUGCGAUUAUCGCUAGAAAUGCUGCCCAUUCGUUGCCGUACUACCUCGGGGCUCUGGAGAGGCUGAACUACCCGAAAGACCGCAUCUCCAUUUGGGCAGCGACAGACCACAACUCGGACAAUACCACCGCCGUUCUGAGAGAGUGGCUGACCGUCAUGCAGAAGCACUACCACUACAUAGAGUGGAGGCCGAUGGACAAACCCACAGCCUACCCUGGUGAGCUGGGGCCCAAGCACUGGCCUAACGGCCGAUACGAGUACCUGAUGAAGUUGAAGCAGGGCGCCCUCACCUUCGCCAAGAAGCGCUGGGCCGACUACAUCCUGUAUGCGGACACAGACAACAUCCUGACCAACCCGGAGACUCUGAACCUGCUGAUGUCCGAGAACAAGUCGGUCAUCGCGCCCAUGCUGGACUCCCAGAGCGCCUACUCCAACUUCUGGUGCGGCAUCACCCCGCAGGGAUACUACCGGCGUACGGCGGAGUACUUCCCCACCAAGCAUCGCCACCGGCAGGGCUGCUACCCCGUGCCCAUGGUGCACUCCACCAUCCUGCUGGACCUGCGCAAGGAGGGCACCAAGAGGCUGGCCUUCCACCCCCCCCACAAAGACUACUCCUGGCCCUUCGAUGACAUCAUCGUCCUCGCCUUCUCCUGUCGGGCCUCUGAGGUCCAGAUGUACAUCUGCAAUAAGGAGCGCUAUGGCUACCUGAACGUGCCGGCCAAGCCCCACCAGUCGGUGGAGGACGACCGAAUCAACUUCGUCCACCUCUACCAGGAGUCGCUGAUUGAGGGGCCCCCCAUGUACCACUCCAGCUACAUCCACCAGGAGCUCAAAAAGACCGACCUCAUGGGCUUUGAUGAGAUCUACCUGAUUAACCUGCGCAGACGUCCGGAGCGCCGGGAGAGGAUGCUGUGGUCACUGUACGAGCUGGAGAUCAAUGCUAAAGUGGUGGACGCCGUGGACGGAGGAGCUCUGAACAGCAGUGACAUCAAGCUGCUGGGAGUGGAUCUGUUGCCAGGAUACUAUGACCCCUUCUCAGGCCGCACCCUCACUAAAGGAGAAGUGGGCUGCUUCCUCAGCCACUACUACAUCUGGAAGGAGAUGGUGGACAAUCAGAUGGACAAGGCUCUGAUCUUCGAGGACGACGUGCGUUUCCAGGGUAACUUCAAGCGGCGGCUGGUGCGUCUCAUGGACGAGGUGGAGAAGGUGGAGCUGGACUGGGACAUCAUAUACCUGGGCCGUAAGCAGGUGAAGGCGGAGGACGAGGAGGUGGUGGAGAACGUGCGGAACCUGGUGGUGGCCGGCUACUCGUACUGGACGCUGUCCUACGCCAUCUCCCUGCAGGGCGCCCAGAAGCUCAUCAACGCAGAGCCGCUGGCCAAGAUGAUGCCCGUGGACGAGUUCCUGCCCAUCAUGUACGACAAGCACCCAAAUGAGGCCUACAAGUCCCAGUUCCCCAACCGUAAUCUGCAGGCCUACUCCACACGCCCCCUGCUGGUGCAGCCUGCGCAGUACGCCGGCGACCCGGACUGGGUGAGCGACACGGAGACGUCCACGCUGUGGGACGACGACGCGGUGCGGACGGACUGGAGGGGCUCGCACAAGACGCUGAAGGGGAACCCUCAGACCGGACUGCACAGCGCCUACAAGGACGAACUGUGAGGGGUGGAGGGGGACCCCGAGAUCUCUGGACAUCCCCAACAUGAGCCUCCCUCCGUUCCACAUGAGAUACUAACUUUAUGUCCCAGACUGUGUCUCAAACCGCCUACUUGCACCCUUCAAAUACUCAGUGUUGGUAUAAAGUGCAGAUAGGGGACAAUACUAACCCUUGAGAAGUGCGCACUACAAAAGUAAGUGCUUAGUGCACACUAGCAGUGCACUGACGGAAGUAUGCGGUUUGAGACACAGAUCCAGAGUUGAAGGCCCGUUUACAGUCACAGGCUGAUGUACCACUGUUAGGAACGGUCCAUCGUGUGUGUGUGUGUGUGUGGGGGGGGGUCCGGGUGGUAUUCCUGAUAUGGAGAGAUGGGGUGAGUUUGGAGGGGUGUGGCGGUUAAAAGAAUGGAGAGGUUGGACUGUGCACCGGGCGGACAUCUGGCCUAUGAGAUAAGCUGGGCUGCUGACUGACCUGUGUGCUUUUCAUUGUCCACCGCCGAGGAGGUCUGUCUUGGCCAGGUUCUCAUAAAGCUCUCACAUUUGCAUUUUGUCAUCUAGCCAUUGGGGUGACGCUGCGUUCCAGAGCCACUUACAAGAAAAGGGGACAAUCAAGGAAGAGACAAUCUAGCGUUACUGAGCUUCUCCUUUACAGUGUAGAAGAUGCACACGACUAAAAGUUCUUUCAUCUACGAAACACACACACACACACACACACACACACACACACACACACACAUAUACACAUACACAUACACAUACACAUACACAUACACAUACACAUACACAUACACAUACACAUACACAUACACAUACACAUACACAUACACACACAUACACACAGUACAUAAUACAUGCUAGAAACAAACACAUGGUGUAACACACUCAUGCCAAGCGAUGUCGACCCUGGACUUACUCAGGAAAACAAACUCAUCAGUUCUGAGUGAGUGCUGUGAAGGCUUUAGGAUGUGUGGACUUCAUUAAAGUCUUUCUUUUUUUAUUAAUGUUUUGUGUUUUCUGGUCUUGCACGUGCAUCAAGGACUCUAGGACUAUGAAUAGAUACCAUGGCAACCUCCUCCUAUUCAUCUUCUUGCCGUCUUCUAGCUACAUUCUGCACCCUUCUAAUUGGAUGACAAUCAAGUUUUAUUGUGAUAGUGUGUAUGAAGACGUGUGUCUAUGUCUAUGCGUGUGAAUGAAUUGUUUAUGGUAUGUUUUUAGUGUUAUUGCAGUUGAAUAUUUUUUACUGUACAGGUUCUUUGUGAUAAUGUAUAAACUAAACUAUUGUAGUUUGGGA